CCACCAAUAGGGCUGCGGGCCUGGGGAGAAUGCCCUGCUCUGAGGAGCCAGACCCCCGCCAGUGACCAGGCGCCCGCAGAGCCAGCGGGAGGCCGAGGCCCUGGUUCGGGCUCCAGCCCAGCAGAGGGCGGUGGCAGCGGUGGGCUUUGGAUGGGGGCGUGUCCGGGUCUGGGCCAGGUUCCUCCGCCAUGACCGCGGCCGUGUUCAUUGGGUGCAGCUUCAUCGCCUUCGGGCCGGCACUGGCCCUGUGCGUCUGCACCAUCGCCGCCGAGCCGCUGCGCCUCCUCUUCCUCAUCGCUGGAGGUUUCUUCUGGCUGGUCUCGUUGCUGCUUUCUUCCCUUGUAUGGUUCAUUGCAGUGCAGAUUGGUGGGAGCAACAAUGCAUCAGUAAAGAAAAAUUUGCUCAUCUUUGGAGUGAUGGUCUCUGUCCUGCUCCAGGAAGUCUUCCGAUUUGCCUAUUACAAACUGUUAAAAAAAGCUAAUAAGGGCUUAAUGACUAUAAGCCAGGAGGAAACCCUACCCAUCUCCGUCAGACAAUUGUCCUAUGUGUCUGGCCUGGGUUUUGGGAUCAUGAGUGGAGUAUUUUCUCUUGUGAAUAUCCUGACUGACUCCUUAGGACCAGGCACAGUGGGUAUUUAUGGAGAUUCUCCUCAGUACUUCCUGUCUUCUGCAUUCAUGACUUUGGCCAUUGUUCUGCUGCACAUUUUUUGGGGCAUUGUAUUUUUUGAUGCUUGUGAAAAGAAGAAGUGGUGGGCACUGGCACUGGUCAUCCUGAGCCAUUUGCUGGUAUCAGGUGUGACUUUCCAGAAUCCUCAGUAUGAAGGCAGCCUAGUGCCAUCUUAUAUUAUCAUGAUGCUUAUGGCUACCUGGGCUUUCUUCACUGCUGGUGGCUCCCUUAGAAAUCUGAAACUGUGUCUGAUGUGCAGAGACAAGGACUUCCUUUUAGCCAACCAGCGCCCCAGAUAACCUCUAAGCAUCUGGAUUUUACCCAUCCAUCUCUCUACAUGUUUAGUGAAAGCACAACUAGUGCCUUCUUGACCUUUCUUGAAUGCUAAGUUGAGAUAUAUAUGUAUUCCUGUGUAACUUGGCUUCUUUCAGGCAGCUGUCUGAACUGCAUAUGUGAGUAAUGAAUGAAAUCUCCUUAAGAGUACCCAAAAAUUAAACAGUUUACAUGUUAGCUACUGCUUUAUGCACUAAGUUUGGGCUGAGUUAAUAGAACAAAUGAACACAUAUCAAACAUGGAUAGACUAGAUUUAAAACUAAAAGGCUAUCUGCUAACUUCAGUUGUGAAUUACACAUCCACUUUGCUAUGGAAUUAAUAAAGAUAACAUUUUAUUGUGCCACAAUGAACUUCUAGAUGCAAUAAUGAAAAAACGCAAUUUUCCUAUGGUGGUUUAGCUAAAGUUAAGAUGUUUCCUAUUUUAAAAAGUUAUAAUAUUUAAUAGUUAGGCUUUCUGAAUUGUUAAAAUAUGUUUUAGAGCAUAGGGCAUUAACUUCUCUGUGUAAAUAUUAGAAAUAUCCCUUCAGGACUACGUUGUUUGUAUAGUAGAGAUGACACACAAAGGACCAUAACUUUUUCUGACACCCUGAGUGCAUUUUCAGGAAUGUCUACACUACAAAAUUAGGUCGAUUUUAUUUAAGUUGCUUAAAUUGGAGGCUCAGUGUCAAGUCGAUUCUGCAUGUCCCACUAUGCACAUUGUGUCAGCAGAGCGCAUCCUCACUAGCAGGGCUUGCGUCGACUCACGGAGCGCUGCACUGUGGGUAGCUAUCCCAUGGUGCAUGGAGCCGAGUGGAAUGUUGGGUUGGGCUUGCAAUGCCUCAUGGGACCAAAACAUUUGCGCGGGAGGUUAUGGGAACAUGGCAUUAGCCUCCCAUGAUGCACUUACCUCCCUCCCUCCCUGAAAUCAAUGGCAAACAAACCAAGCCUUUAUUCCUAAGCCUGAGUUACCUGUGCAGACGCCAUAGCACGGCAAGCAUGGAUCCCACACAGCUGUACACUGUUGUGAGUAUUACGAACACCUCAUGCCUUAUCCUGCAGUAUUUGCUCAGCCAAAGCAGGAGCUGCCGCGCAGAACAACAUGAUGCCACUCAAGCAGCCCUGCUUGAAGCCAUGGAGUGGAGCAAUUCGCAGAUUCUGGUGACAGUUGUGUAUCACCUUGACACAGUGGAGUGCUGCUUCUGGGCCCGGGAAACAAGCACUAACUGGUUGGACCACAUAGUUAUGCAGCUAUGGGAUGACGAGCAGUGGCUGCAGAACUUUUGAAUGUGCAAGGCCACUUUCAUGGAACUGUGUGAAGAGCUUUCACGAGCCCUGAAGUGCAGUGAUACUAAAAUGAGAGCUGCUCUGACAGUUGAGAAGCGAGUGGCGAUAGCUCUGUGGAAGCUUGCAACAUUAGACUGCUACCAGUCAGUGGGGAAUCAAUUUGGAGUGUGUAAAUCUACCAUGGGGUCUGUUGUGAUCCAAGUUGCCAGGGCAAUCAAUAGACUUCUGCCAAGAAGGGUAGCGACUCUGGGAAAUGUGCAGGACAUAGUGGAUGAUUUUGCCGCAGUGGGGUUCCCUAACUGCGGUGGGGCGAUAGACGGAAUGCAUAUCCCUAUCUUGGCACCAGACCACCUUGCCAAAGAGUACAUAAAUCAAAAGGUGUACUUCUCAAUGGUGUUGCAAGCAAUGGUGCAUCACAGGGGCCAUUUCACCAACAUCAACGUGGGAUGGUAGGGAAAGGUGCAUGACGCGUGCAUCUUUAGGAGCUCCGGUCUGUUCAGAAAGCUGCAAGCAGGAACUUUCUUUCCAGACUGCAAAAUAACCGUUGGUGAUGUUAAAAUGCCAAUCAUGAUGAGCAAGUGUAGAAUGGUGGUGGAAUGUGCCUUUGGACGUUUAAAAGCCCACUGGCAUAGCUUGCUUACUAGGUUAGACCUCAGUGAAAGCAAUAUCCCCAUUGUUGUUGCUGUGUGCUCCAUAAUAUCUGUGAAACAAAGGGAGGAAAGUUUCCGGCAGGAUGGGGGGUGGAGGUAGAUCGCUUGGCAGCCAAUUUUGAGCAGUCAGACACCAGGGCAAUAAGAAGAGCACAUUGAGGUGCCCUGCCUCUCCGUGAGGCUUUGAAAACUAGUUUCAUCAAUGACCCACAGUAAUGUGACACUCAAUGUGUUACUUACCUAGCUGUCCCCUUCAUUGCAUGUACUCCCCUGUAAACUACAACCGUGCUAACCGCUGCGUGCUUAAUGAAUAAAGAACCUUUUCUCUUCAAUCCAUUGAUUUUUAUUAUGUUUGCAAACACUGAGAGACAGCAAGAAAAGUAAGGUAACCUGGGGCAAAAGGGCUGAUAACAUGGGGGCGGGGGGGGGGGUGGGACAAGGACAGCUUGCUUACACAUUUGCACUGCAAUAACAAUCAAAGGUGUGGGAAUGGGCGCCUUCAGGUCCUUGUACUCUCUCCUGGAGUUGAGCGCAAGGGAUAUGUGGAACUUGGCGAUGAUGGCAGAAGGUUCACCGUAGGCUGCAGCAGGACUCUAGCGUUCAGUUGCCUUUCUUGAACCUCAACCAGACGCCUCAACAUGUCUGUUUACUCUCUCAUAAUCCACACCAUCUCGUCCUGCAUGUUACGCUCAUCUUCCCUGCAUGCUCUUCUGUCCUCAUGGUCAUUGUGCAGACUUUCUGACAGUGCAAGCCUCCAUGUGCUGAGCUCCGUUUUGUCACUCUCAGAGGCACGCAUUAACUCAUUGAACUUGUCUCCCAGGUAGUCUUUUUCCAUCUUCUAAUUUGGGAAAGUCUCUGUCCCGGCGUGGAAGAUGCGCUUAUGGACAAGGUUUCAGCUGCAAAGAAUACAAAGCACAAGGGUAGCAUUGACAGUGCAUACAUUGUUUCUGGUGCAAGGUUAAAUCUUUUUAUAAAAGAAUCAUCCCUCAAUGCACUUCCCUGCAAGCCACAACUUAAGGAGAACCACUAGCUAUGGCAAGAGUUGGUUUGCUGCUACAGCCAUGGCGAGUAAGACCACAAGGCAUGGGUCUUGUGGUGCAACUUUUGUUAAGACAUCCUUGGGAUCAAUGGUUGUAACCUCAGCACAACCCCCUUUCCUGUAGCAACCUGGAUGGUGCUAGAGGACAGGCACUAGCGUAAAGACCCACAAAUAGUUUGAUUGUUACAAAAGCGGCACCGGGUUGGAGUGGAAGGGAGACAAACAGGAAGUGUCGCCCCUCCCUCCCCUUUUUAAAUGCUGUCUGUAAUACGUGGUGAUCCCUUCCAAGCACACAGGAGGGCACUCUUGGGAAAGUGUGGUUCUGUGAUCCAGAAUUCACCAAAUGGGUGGGUUACUUAUCGAAUUGCUUGCAGUUUAAGGACUAGCAUUUAAAACCUUCCCCUAUGUGACCAUAAGCGAUAUUACUUUCCUGAGGGUAACUGAGGCCGAAAGGGAGCAGAUGCAACAAGUGUCUGGGUACCGACCUGGUCCUUAUGCUGCAAUGCUGUGUGCCGCAAUGAUGCCAGAAGAGUUAAUACUGGAGUGACGUAGGAAAGUGUCUUUCCAGAAACUUUCUGCAAAGGAUUGCAGAGUACCUCCAUGAAAGCUUCCUAGAGAUCUCAAGGAAGGAUUCCCGGGCCAUCCCUGGACACAUAAACAGUUUUUUCUAGAGCGCACCCUCUGCAUAACUGGAGUGGCCGCCGAUAACUUGUAUCCCAAUUUUUUAAUUCAGAUUCAACAUUAAAAAUAAUAGCAUGUAACCCCUACAGUCUGAUUAAAAAGUGUGCUCAUCCAGAAGUGCCUUCCCCGGCAUCACAGUCAGCCGACAAUUUGGUUCUGUGAGGGGAUGGGCUCCCAAGUUUAAAAAAAAUUCUUGGCUGUUGGGGAGAAUGGAUCCUCUGCUUGCCUGCCACGCAUUCUCCUCCUCCUCCUCCUCCUCCUCCUCCUCUUCCUUGUCAACAAUAUCCUCCUUGUUGUUGCCUGAGGUCGCCCGGGGCUCCUGGGAGGUAUCCACAGAGCAUUUUGAGAUGGUGGUGGGGUCACCGCCUAGAAUCACAUGCAGCUCGUUAUAGAAGUGGCAUGUCUGUGGCUCAGAACCAGAGCGACUGUUCACCUCCCUUGUCUUCUGGUACUCCUUUAUUUUCCUGUGGCACUGCUGUGUGUCCCUGGUGUAGCCUUUCUCCCCCAUGCCUUGUGUGUCUUUGGCAUAGAUGUCAGCGUUUCUUCUGCUGGUUUGGAGCUCUGCCUGCACAGACUCUUCUUUCCACACAACAGUAAGAUCCAUUACCUCCUGUGGCCUCCAGCAUCCAUUGACAGCUGUACUGGCGAGCUCUCCACACCGAUCAAACAGGAAAUGAAAAUUCAAAAGUUCCUGGGGCUUUAACAGGGGGCCGUUUUGUUUCCUGUGUACUGACUGAAGUGCAGUGGAGUUGAAAGUGCUCUCCAGAGCGGUCACAGCAGAGCACUGUGGGACACCUCCUGGAGGCCAAUUCAUUCGAAUUACACGGUGCAGUGUCUACACUAUCCACAUAUCGACACAUGAAUGUCGAUUGAAGCGCUACGCCUCUCACGGAGGUGGAGUACAGAAGUUGACUUUACAAGCCCUUUAGGUCGGCAGAAGGGACUCGGUAGUGUAGACUCAUAAAUUAUUAACUCGACCUAAUGCGGCAUAUGUUGACCUAACUUUGUAGUGUAGACCAGGUCUUAGUCUUGAAAGAUAUGUUGUCCUUUAUGCUGCUAGAUUUCUGAAGACAAGGUAAAAAUUUUAACAAAUUUUUAACAAAUCCAAUACACAUACUGUUUAAUAUAGCUGUCCUUUUGAGGCUUUACAUUAGAAGGCUGCCCGUUGAAACGAAGUUAUAGUACAUUGCCUUUCAUCUCUGUUAUAUAAACUUUGAGGGGAUACCCUGGAGUUAGUUCUCAUUGAAGAAAGCCACAUAGCUGCUAUUUUAAUAAACUUCUUCCAGAGUGGUUAAAAGUUUUACCCAAACCAUGAAGUAAAGAAGGAGUAAGGCACCUCAGAAUUGAUACUCAUUUUUUUUUACAUGAAAUGAAUGCUGCUGAGUCUGUUUCCCACAUGUAUAUCUACCAUAUCAUUACAGUAUAAUGUACAAUGGAUAAUGUGAAUGGGUUAGACAGCUACAUUCACACCUGGGUCUAAUAAGGUGUUUUCAGUAAUGAGUUUUUUAACAUAAGUAUUAUAAAAGCAACAUUUCAGUAUAUACUGUGUUCCUUUGGUUUACUUGGUUUAAAACAAACAAAAUAUUUAGUGUAUUAAGAUUUAUCUACAGUUUUGUGAGUUGCUUAAUUUAUUUAUCCUAAUUUAUUCCUCCCUGAAUUAUAUUUUGUAACAUGAUAGUCUGAAAUGUAAGCAUGUUAAAAUGACAAACCAGUACAUCCUUGUAGGGCCCCAAGACACAGUGACAAGCAGCUUGAAUAGCUGUAAUGACUGGUGCACCCUAUCAGCACAAUACAUUUGUAAUACUAGGGGCACUUGGGCUCAGGAUCCUGUAGCACAGUAGAUUGGUAAUGUAGGUUUAAUUGAAAGUCUGAGGUGGGCUCACAGUACUUGAAUGCAGCCUAUAUUACUUAGAUUGUUCAGCAGGGUGAGAAGGAGUUUUCAGCAUGUUCCCAGGGGGGAUAGAACUGUGAUUUUAAAUGAAUUCCUCCUCUUUGGAUGAGACUUCAUUUUGUUGGGGUUUUUUAAGACUCUUUUUUUAAAUGAAGACAUUCCUCUCUUGAUAUGUAAUAUAUUGACGGGUGACAUGAGACAUAAUAAACAAUGGCAGCUCAA